AUGCGUCUAGCAGCCCCUGUGAGGUUCAUCACACCUCAACCCGCAAAGAAGUCGAUGCAGUCACCCUACCCGACGACACGGCCAGCGAGAUACCUUGUUCAGAACAAAAACGAGAUUCAGCGUCAGCAUUGGAUAUACCAAUCGACAUACAAGGUGAGUUGUGGUACCAAAACAAGCAGACCGGAGAGAGUUCAAGUACCCAAUGGAAGAAAAGAUUUUUUACAACGGAUUCCGGUGGAUCUAAAGCUCAGCUUUACAUGUGGAAAGACAAUUCCAAGUUUGCCCUUCUGAACUCGCUAGAUCUCUCAGACUAUCGGGUCGAGCACGUGGCCCAACCUACGCUGUCCAUGCUGGGCUUUGGUAGCAAAACCCCAGGCUCGAUGGUAUUGAUUGAAGCGGGGCAAGCCGGCCAGGAAAUCAUUUUCCGUGGGAAGUCCAAUCACGAGGUUGCGAUGUGGGUGGAUGUUAUUCGGGAAAUUAAGCGCCGCUAUUUAUAUCCGUUAUCCAAGCAUGUCCCCUCGCACACAGGGCUGGGCGGUUUGGUCUUUCACCAAGGAGAUGGUAGUGGUGGCAAUGGUUUGACACUCUCACCUGCAAGCGGGAAUUAUUCAUCUGUGUUCGUUUGGCUACAUGGGCUUGGAGAUACACCUUUCAGUUGGUAUGGUACCAUGGCCCAGUUUGCCAUACGUUCGAUGCCAGAUACGCGCUUCGUGCUCCCGCUGGCGCCUACAAGGAAAAUAACUGUAUACCACGGAACUCAGAUGCAUGCAUGGUAUGACAUUUUUGGCCUAGAUGAUAAAUCUGUUCAGGAUCGCACACGAAUAGAGGAAAGUACGGAAAGGAUAAAUACCAUCAUCAAUGAACAGGCGUUAAGCGCCGGUGUAAAGCCCUGUCGUGUUGCAAUCGGUGGUUUUUCGUUGGGCGGAGCUCUUGCACUGCAUGUGGUACUGCGAUCGAAACACAAGCUGGCGGGGUGCGCCGUCGCGAGUGGAUGGUUGCCACUCGAGAUGGACUAUCCAGAAAAGUUAAGUGCGGAGGCUUGCAAAACUCCUAUUUGCAUGUAUGGACUCUCUGAUCGCCGCGUUCCAGUUGGCUUUGCUCGCAGAACGCACAGCAGACUGUCAGCGGAUUUAAAAUUAGCUGUAGCCUUCCACACAUACGAUGGUUUGGGCCACAGCACUUGCGCCUCAGAAAUGGUAAGAAUUGGCCAGUUUGUCACUGCUGCUAUGUGUAGAUCAAGAUAG